UUAUUCUCCUUACCAACGCGAACGGUGUUAUUCAACAAAGAUGCAACUUGAAAAAUUAAAAAUAUUAUUAAUCGGCCCAUCUGAAAGUGGAAAAACAGCAGUGGCGAAUUUUCUGUCGGAGUCUUCAGCCGCCGAUGAUGUAAUAUCUCGACCGACGCAAGGAGUACGCAUUGUAGAGAUACAACUGUCCCUGAACGUGAACGAUAAGCAAUGCAAAGUGGAUGUAGAGCUAUGGGACUGCAGUGGUGAUCAUAAAUUCGAAUCUUGCUGGCCUGCAUUUCGAGCUGGUGUGCACGGUGUAAUAUUGGUAUGUUCCCCGAAUACUGUGAACGUAGCUGCGAGAGAAAUGGAACUCCUCUACAACUAUUUUGUAUCGCAAGCUAAACUCUCGGCAAAGCAAUGCGUCGUGCUGUACAAUUGCUCUGAAGAUCAAGACGACUUGGACGUACUGAAUUUGUCUCCCACAUUUUCAAAAGUGUCACAAGUCGCCGUCAAUUUGAAAACUGGUGGCAACAGACUGAAAAUCGACUUUUCUAAUUACAUUACUUCGGUCUUGCAAUCUUUAAAUAAAUAAAUUUAAUGGACAAACCUUUUCAAAUUAAGAAAUCGAUAUUUGCUACAAUACUCACCUCUAUCUGCCACCCAUACAAUAUUUUGUCUGA